AUGAACGAUUUUAAGUUUACUAAGGACGACGCGGUUGACGAUGAAUUAAUACAGAGCUUUCAAGAAGUUUUUUCUUUGCUUGAUCACGAUAAAGACGGUGUAAUAUCAGUAUACGAUUUAAAAGUUAUACUAAGUAAGCUCAAUCACGACGUUUCUGACGAGGAUGUUACCGAUUUGAUGAAACAAAUCUCGCAAGGCGGAGAAAGUUUGGAUUUAGUUGAUUUUAUUAAUUCAGUAGUAAAAAAAAACAAUAACUCUUUAUUUGAAGAAGAAUGUAGGUCUGCUUUCCAAGUUUUCGACAAAAAUAACGAUGGAAUUUUAGAUUUUUUUGAGAUAUCCAAUGCACUUGAUUUUAUAGGCGAACCACUUACUAAUGAAGAAAUAAUGGAAAUUUUAUCUAAAACCUCAAAUCCCACAGGCAUAACGUACGACGAACUUUUGGGUUUAUUCAAUAGUUACCAAUAA